UCUUGGGGCUGUGUUGGGGACGCCGGGAAGCACCAGCAGUCCGAGGCCAGAAUCGGCGGUUGUGCUUGCUCCCCGCCGCUGGCACAAUGUCCCGCGUGCCGGUGGCCUGCCAUGUGAAAGGCACCGUGGCGCUGCAAGUGGGCGAUGUGCGGACCUCCCAAGGCCGGCCUGGUGUGCUGGUCAUCGAUGUCACCUUCCCCAGCGUAGCGCCCUUCGAGUUGCAGGAGAUUACAUUUAAGAAUUACUACACAGCCUUUCUGAGCAUCCGUGUCCGCCAGUACACCUCGAUGCACGCGACAGCCAAGUGGGUGACCUGCCUGCGGGACUACUGCCUGAUGCCUGACCCACACAGUGAGGAAGGAGCUCAGGAGUAUGUAUCGCUGUUCAAGCACCAGAUGCUGUGUGACAUGUCUAGAGUGCUGGAGCUGCGCCUGAUUCUGCGACAGCCGUCACCACUGUGGCUGUCUUUCACAGUGGAGGAGCUGCAGAUCUACCAGCAGGGACCCAAGAGCCCCUCCAUAACCUUUCCCAAGUGGCUCUCCCACCCAGUGCCUUGUGAGCAGCCCGCGCCCCUCCUUGAGGGCCUCCCAGACCCCAGCAGGGUGUCCUCCGAGGUGCAGCAGAUGUGGGCGCUGACAGAGAUGAUCCGGGCCAGUCACACCUCCACGAGGAUCGGCCGCUUCGACGUGGACGGCUGUUACGACCUGAACUUGCUCUCCUACACUUGAGCUGUGGCUCUAAGCAAGACGUUCACCUUCCUUGCCCACUGAAGACUGGUUUGGGCCGCCAGAGGCUGAAGUGCUUUCCCUGUGCAUUCCUUGAGUGUCGGCCGGCACGCCCGUUCUGUCCGGGCCACAUUCACAGAGUCAAGAUUCUAGAGGGCUCACUGCGCUGCUUCUGCAUGAGCUCCUGGUGGGGGGGCUUGCACGCUGUCCUCACCUGACCGCAACCCGAAAUUCCUUUUCCUGCCCUAAAAACACUCUAUGUCUGCUUACUAAGAAUCGCUGUGUGCCCUGUGCUCCUCCUGCCAACACACACGCUUCUGUCUCUGCCUGCUCCCUCACCUGAGAGCGGCGGGCUGGGUGACCUACUAGAACCUGCUCUGUUGAGCGUUGUCGGCUGUUGUAACCAUGGCACUCCUGUAGUCCGGAAGCUUGGGGGAGAAACAGGAGCCCUGCGCCUUCCUUCUGCGCCCCCUAGUGGUCUUCUUUCCCUUUGUGUCAUGCCCCCAAAAAGAAAUUUCCUGUCUCAACUCCUGCUGCCUGCUUCGCCCUUAUCCAAGCAGCAGCUGCUUCCACAUAGAUGCUGUGGUCAAAAAGGAGCCCAGGGUGACAGUUUUCCUUGAGGGUUGCCAUUCUGUUUGCUGUAACUGAUGUGCAACAUUUUGGGA